UAGAGUACACCGAGAUAUUUCCUAUGAUGAGCUGAUGUCAAGUAUAUUUUGACAUAACUUCCUGCCUGGAGGUCUUUGCCAGUCCUACUUUACCCGUUAUUGAACCAGCAUGAGACAGAUAGACAGAGAGAGGAAAGGAGAGACAGUUUGACAAUCAGACAGAAUGGAGCUCGUUCCUGUUUGCUUUGUUGAUGUUUUUCACAAGUUCGCUGGUGCUCCACCAGCAUGUUUUUACUGAUGUGACCAAACAAGCUACAAGGGUCAUUUCCUCUUCACUUUUGCCUCAUCUGUCUUGGCAACCGAAUCAGGAUGGAGCAUGGAGACAGAGGGGUGGGUGUCUCGCACCUACGCUAUGAUGAACAGGAAGAUCAUCAGUCCAUCUACAUUGGCGUACCAGUUCCUCGGGGAUAUCGGCGUAAGCGCAGGCGAAGGCGUUCUAGUCACGACAGCAACACGGACAGAGAAAGACGCUACAGCCGCCACAGACAUCACGAACAUGACCAGUAUAACCAGUAUAGGGACAUAGACAUGGAGGAAGGACUCAUGGAUUCGCGUGAACAGAGUCUCCAAGAUAUUAACCGCACAAUGUCCCCAGCAGCUGAGAGGCUACGCUACAUCCUGAGUGAGGAUGAUGACAUGCCUACGCCUACACUCUUCACCGAAAUGGACACUUUACAGCGUGAAGGUGACGAACUGGAGUGGAAGGAGUCUGCAAGGUGGGUGAAGUUUGAGGAGAAAGUAGAGGAAGGAGGCGAGAGAUGGAGCAAACCACACGUGUCCACGCUGUCCUUGCACAGUCUGUUUGAGCUUAGGACUUGUCUUCAAACAGGAACCAUUCUUUUGGACCUGGACGGCUAUUCUUUGCCUCAAAUAGUUGAUGACAUCAUUGAGAGACAGAUAGAAGAAGGCAUGAUUUCGCCUGACCUGAGGGACAAGAUCAGUUUUGUUCUGCUAAGGAAACAUCGACAUCAGACCAAGAAGCCAAUCCAUCGCUCUAUAGCUGACAUGGGAAAGUCUAGUUCAUCCACCUCUCGCCCACCCGGGCCCAGAGGUGCACCUGGCCCAGUGCCGGUAGCCAACUAUAAUCGAUCAACAGAGGACCUCCGAAUUAAGCAGCAGGCUGGCAGCUAUGGCCGUCUGCGUCAUGCUCAAAGUCGGAGUAUGAAUGACAUUGCAGAUACUCCCAGCACAGACCAGUUGAAGAACAAAUUCAUGAAGAAGAUCCCAAGAGAUGCUGAGGCCUCUAACGUGUUGGUGGGAGAAGUGGAUUUCCUCAAUAAACCCUUUGUUGCCUUUGUUCGCCUGUCUCAAGCCACAACACUAGGCGGUCUGACAGAGGUGCCUGUGCCCACCAGAUUCCUGUUCAUUCUCUUGGGACCACAGGGAAAGGCCAAGUCAUAUAACGAGAUAGGCCGAGCCAUAGCAACGUUGAUGGUCGAUGAUCUCUUUAGUGAUGUAGCCUACAAAGCCAGAGACCGAGAGGACCUAAUUGCAGGCAUAGAUGAGUUUUUAGAUGAGGUGAUUGUGCUUCCACCCGGGGAAUGGGAUCCCAAAAUCCGGAUUGAGCCUCCCAAGAAAACUCCAUCAGCUGACAAAAGGAAGUCGGUGUUCUCCUUGAAUGAAUUGGGACAGAUGAAUGGGACAGCAGGUGGAGGCGGAGGACUAGCUGAGGAUGAGGAAAUGCCAGCACAACAUGAACUUGGAGAGGAACUGGCAUUUACUGGGCGCUUCUGUGGUGGAUUGUACUUGGACAUCAAGCGUAAAUUGCCAUGGCUGCCCAGUGAUUUCUACGAAGGUUUUCACAUUCAAUCCAUCUCUGCUGUGCUCUUCAUCUACUUGGGCUGCAUCACGAAUGCCAUCACCUUUGGUGGCCUGCUAGGAGAUGCCACCGAGAACUAUCAGGGUGUAAUGGAAAGUUUCCUCGGUACAGCUCUGGCUGGCACUGUGUUUUGUCUGCUCGGGGGUCAGCCCCUCAUCAUUCUAAGCUCAACUGGACCCAUCCUCAUCUUUGAAAAGCUCCUAUUUGAAUUCAGCAAGAAUAACAACAUCGAUUACAUGGAGCUGCGCUUGUGGAUAGGCAUCCACUCAUGCUUGCAGUGUUUCAUCCUGGUGGCAACUGACGCCAGUUACAUUAUCAAGUACAUGACACGUUUCACUGAAGAGGGCUUCUCCAGUCUCAUUUCAUUCAUCUUCAUCUCUGAUGCUAUCAAGAAGAUGGUGGGCUCCUUCAAAUAUUACCCCAUCAACACCAACUUCAAACCAGACUACGUCACCGCUUACAAGUGCGAGUGCUUGGCGCCGGACCCGAUUCCAAUGCCAGAUAACAGCUCUAGUGUCCCUGGGUUGAAUGUGACAGCACUGGACUGGAGCCAGCUGAGUAAGAAGGAGUGUUUGAAGUACGGGGGCUCUUUAGUGGGCAAUUCCUGCAAGUAUGUCCCAGAUCUGGCUCUCAUGUCCUUCAUCCUCUUCUUUGGAACGUACUCCAUGACUGUCACCCUCAAGAAGUUCAAGUUCAGCCGCUACUUUCCCACCAAGUUGAGGAAGCUUAUCAGUGACUUUUCUAUAUUCAUGUCAAUCAUGACGUUUGUGGGCCUUGACAUGCUGAUGGGUCUUAAAACGCCCAAGUUAAUUGUGCCAACAGAAUUCAAGCCUACUCGUCCGGAUCGUGGCUGGAUUGUGUUGCCCUUUGGGAAGAACCCAUGGUGGGUUUACUUGGGCAGUUUUGUCCCAGCCCUCCUUGUCACCAUCCUCAUCUUCAUGGACCAGCAAAUCAGUGCUGUCAUUGUCAACCGCAAGGAGAACAAACUGAAGAAAGGUUGCGGCUACCAUUUGGAUCUAUUCUGGGUGGGUGUCCUGAUGGCCACAUGCUCUUUCUUGGGUCUGCCCUGGUACGUAGCUGCCACAGUCAUCUCCAUCGCCCACAUCGACUCUCUGAAGAUGGAAAGCGAAUCCAGUGCUCCCGGAGAGCAGCCACAAUUCCUCGGAGUCAGAGAACAACGAGUGACGGGAAUUCUAGUCUUUGUUCUGACUGGUGUCUCCAUCUUCCUUGCUCCAAUACUAAAGUUUAUCCCCAUGCCUGUGUUGUAUGGCGUCUUCCUCUACAUGGGAGUAGCUUCCCUCAGCGGAAUUCAGUUCUGGGACCGGAUCAAAUUAUACAUGAUGCCAUCCAAGCAUCAACCAGACCUGUCCUAUCUGCGCCAUGUUCCUCUGAGAAGAGUCCACCUGUUCACCUUGGUUCAGAUUGUAUGCCUGGCUGUACUCUGGAUACUCAAAUCUACGUUUUUAGCCAUCAUCUUUCCAGUUAUGAUCCUGGGUCUGAUGGUGGUCCGCAAAAUGCUCGACAUGGUCUUCUCCCAGCAUGACCUGGCAUGGCUGGAUGACCUUCUGCCUGAGAAAGAGAAGAAGAAGAAAGAUGACGAUAAGAAGGGAGGAAAAGACAAGAAAAGGUCCAAAUUAGAAGCAAGUGAAGAGGAGGAUAAGUACAGCCCUUACUCCAACCAUUCACCAAGUUCCGAUUCAGACUUGGAUCGCAGCAUUACCCUCCACCUGAAGAUCUCCUGUCCGUCGUCUCCAGCCAUGCCAACUGGGCGAGGAAUGACCUGCCCCGUCCCACAGGUCAAGAUAGAGAUGGAGUCCGAUGAUGACUCGGAUACGGACCACCACCGGCUGCGAGACAUGAGCAGCGAGACGACGUUAUGAAAUUAGGAAGAGGAUUCUUGACGUUUCAUGAGAAACCAGCUUGGCCUCAAACUGAAGGAGGUGGCCUAGACACCUUCAGAAACUUUCGAGCCAGUGGAUUUCUGACAAAUGUAUUGAACUUGUACUAACAUAUUGUCAAAUAUAAUCUUCGAUGUGUUGUAUUUCUUCUCAUGAUAUAAAAUGUUCUGUUAUUGCAGUGUUAUGACAGGCCGACUUGCCCCUCACAAGUGCAGAGAUGUAUGUGAUAUACAGUAUUUGCAUAAUAUUGUAAAGUUACUCAUGCAUUUUCAAUAGUUUUACUGUAUUGUAUGUUGUAUUAUCGUUGGGUUUCAAAAGCUGUUAUCCCUCAAAACCAGCCCUCUUUUGACCUUGCUCUCCAAAUCCCAUCAGUGGAAUUUAUUCACAUUGGGGCAUUUACCUGGAACAAAAAGAAACAACCAAAUGUCUUGAUGUUGUUAUGGUUUUAUUAAGCAAAAUGUACAGUUCAGGUGCUCAGUUUCACUUGUACGGUUUGAGAAAUUAACAUGUUCAUGAAUACACCCUUUUGGCAAAUUUGUCAAAAUGCCCGCCUGUUGCUGUACUUAAUAUGCUAUUAUUAAAAUACUGUAUUAUAAAACAUGCUGUUUGUUGUAUCUUAAUACAUCAUGAAUGAAAUUAUUGGCAUCUCUGGAAUUUUUCCAGAAAAUACAGCAUUUCUCACAGAAACAUAGGCGGAGUUUGACUUUUGGGCCAGGGGGAGCACAACAUGUUGAUGACCCCAAAACACAGUGUCAGCAAUAAAAUUAACUUACAAGAAUAUUUAUAAUAAUACGUUGAAAAUGAGUGUUUUUCGUUUCCCAUCAUUCUUGAAUGGAAUUCUAAAUUAGGCUUCUUAGGAUAGCUACACUUUUCUCCAAGAUCGUCAUCCAUUGAAUAUGGUACGCCAGCCGGUGUUGAGCCAAUGUAGUUACCCCAGUCAAAAAUUGUAUCCCCUGGGCGAAGCCAUAGGGAGGUAGAUUUGUGUCUUCAUUAUUCGGUUAAAAAAAAAAAAAAAAAUGUGUUUGAAUGCAAAAAUACAUUUGAAACUCCCCCCCCAAAAAAGCAUUUGAAAGCUAUUUUUCUUUGAAUUUUUUUCUCUCUUUUUUUGAUUGAAGCAACUUUUUGAUUGAAGUAAUGUUGUUUUGCGUUUGGACAUUUUUGUCUUUAUUUUUCAAUCAAAAAAUAAGUUGCUUCAAACAAAAUAUAUUUUCGAACAAAAAAUCACUUCCAUCAAAAAAUAGAAAAAUUUCAAUCAUAGAAAAAAAGUUUUUGAAUGCGAAAAAAUAUUUGGGACUCAAAUAUUUGCAUUUGAACACUUAAUUUUUAAUUUUAAAAGUUUUCUUUGAUAUUAGCAAUCCUUUUUGUGUUUGGGCCAUAUUAUGAGUAGGACAUUUGUGUCUAAAUCAUUCAAUCCCCCAAAAAGUUGCUUCAAUAAAAAAAAUAAAUAAAAGAAUCCUUUGAAAAAUAAAAUUGCCCUCCCCCAAUUUUUUUUAAUAAUAUGCAAAGCAAAUGACCA